CACGCACCACUACUAAGACUGGGUGGAAUGUUAAGUUUAGUUUUGCUGAAAAUGUGGCAUUGGUGCGUGAGCUGAUGAAGUAUCAGAGGCAGCUAUUUGGCCCUGAGUCCGCCAAGGUGCCAACACGGAGGAAGACGGUGUUGUGGUCGAAAGUUGUUGCUGCUGUCAAUAGUGAGGGGGUGGUCAAGCGGACGGAGGACACAUGCCGCAAUUGGUACUAUGACAUAAAGCGAUGUGUCAAGUCCAAAAUGGCCAAGGAGGCCAAGUCGGCUCGGCAAACCGGUGGUGGGCAGCCCUAUAUUGCAAGAUAUCUGGAGUAUGAGGAGCCCAUGCGGAGUGUCAUACCUCCUGAAGUUGUCUCUGCAACCCAUGUCCGGGAUUCAGAUAGGCCAAGGAAGAAUGGUGAGCAUGUGUUUUUUUAUUUUUUAUUAUAAGUUGUAUUUUGUAAUCUGUGUCAUGUGACGUUGCAUAUUACUCCCAUCUUCAAGUGUGUGUUUGCAAAUACAUUGUUUUGGGUCAUGUGUUAGCUAAAAGCCAAUGUAACAUCUUACUUUAUUGUAUGUCAUGUGUUUUUCAGACAGAUAUUUAGCAUGUGUAGUUUGGACUUGUUGUGUCUCUGAUUUGUCCUGCAAUAAUGAUUUCCUUUUGGGCGUUUUUUACGUUAAAAAUUAUGACUAUGUUUUAUAUAUAAGUGAACCAUGUUUUUUUGGAAUUAAAAUAAGUCGUUGUCAUGUUAGAGGCUGGAGUACUGGAAAGUGGUUAGUAAACCACUUACAUGUGUAAUGUCCUCUUAACAGAAUGUUAUUUAUUUAUUUAUUUUUAUAAAAAAUUUUAUUUGCUUCUAUUUGUACCGUGACACCAUACUGCAUUUUUUGAAAACUUUACUUUUGCUUGUUUUUUUUGUGUGGUCAUAUAGUGGUAAUGUGUAUUUGGAGUGCCACAUCACAGAGCCAAUUAGAUAUUGCAUCUGUAUUAUUUUUAUAAACAAUACAAAAUUAAUUUGUGUUUUUUUAUAAAAAUAAAAACCCAUUCCUUUAACUUGUUGCCUAUGUCAGUGUCCUGUACAUGUUUGCCUGUCUUGAUGUUACCAUAGUGCAUAUUUUUUUGUGUGUGUGUUUUUUUUGUUGGUAUUUCUGGUCCUUAUGUUUUUUUUUUAUUAAAAACCAAGCAUUUCUAAAGGAAAAAAUGUUUAUAAGCAUAAUGGGUGGAUGUAUACACAAUAGCAUGAUUUAUGAAUAUAUCUCAUUUUAUACAGUGUCUGAAAAAAGCAGUACUACUCGUCGGCCAGUAAAUCCUAACACAUCUGAUGAUGAUGACGCUGCCGAAGCAGGUCCAUCAAAAGAAGUAUGGAGCAGCAGAAGUAGCUCUUCUGUUAGACAUCACCACAAGAAACCUGGGGCCGAAAAGAAAGCAAGGUCGUCUGUCCCGCCACAAACACAGCAGGCUACCCCGCCACGUAGAUUAUCGUCCGUAUGUUCUGUCCCCCCACUCCAAAUUUUGGACACACCUCCAAGACGUCAUCCACACUCCCCUCAUCUUGAUUCUUCGAGUCCUGGGAACAGCAUCCCUCCGCAACAACAUCAACACAGUGACACGGAGGAGACAAACAUCUUAGAAAUGCAGCCAUUAAUGCAAGUAAUGAGCCCCCCAGCACCUGUGAGUACACCACCACAGCAAAGCACACCACCCCCACCGCAACACAGCCCAACAACACCAGGAACACAAGGCCCUGAUCAGGUGUUUUGGACUAUUUGGGCUAGACAGCAGGCCACUAAUGAAGAUUGCCUGCAUAAGCAGACACAAAUGUUUGCAAGCCUACCAUCUCACCUCAGAAGAAUCUCAAGAAAUCUGAGUCGACAAAAUGAGCAAACAACCAGAAUAGGCAAUACCAUGGAACUCAUGCGUACAGACAUUACACAGGUCAUGGGCAACUUACAGCGCAUAAUGGAAGAACAACACAGACUAAUGGAAGAACAUCACAGACUAAUGGAAGAACAGCACAGACAACAGCAAAGUUAUAUGAGCAUUUUUCAAAAGUCAAAAGAUUAAUGAAAGUUUAUUCAGAAUAGUAGACAAUCAAAAUGCUGCGACACGUGAACUCAAUGCCACCCUCACUAACCUGAA